AUGACGACGGUCUCGUCCGUCUCGCAGCAGCGAUACAACGGCGCCGACGUCGACGGCGCGCACCGGUGGUUCGUCGAUCCCGCCGCCUCCGCGGACGCGACGCGCGACGCGCGGCGCCGCGAGGACCUGCGCGAGCGGCUCGAUCUGCCCGUGGCGAAGCUGUUGUCGUCCUUGGAGAUCCGCCCCGAGGAGGCGUGGAAGCCGCCGCCGUCGCCCGCCGCGAUCGCGGACGCGAUGCGAAUGAAACUCGCCAAGGCGCGCAUGCGGGCGGCGAUGCGCGCGUGGCCGGGCGGCGAGCGCCGGAGCGCGGAAGGGAUCUUGCGCGACAUGGAAAAGGCGUGGGCGACGGACCGGCCGAACGCGCACCGCGUCCCGAUCGUCGACGGAAACGAUCACGCGACGCCGGCGACGGAGCCGCCCGCGACGGUCAUCGAGAUCGCGUCCCCGACCGAAUUUAAUGACGCCUCCGUCGCCGUCGAGGACGACACGCUGCCGGCGGACGAGCGCGAGCGCGUCGUCGUGUGGGCGCACACGAAGCGGACGUACCAGCCGUCGAAUCUCAUUCGCAAACGCCGGCACGGGUUCCGAGCGCGGCUGACGUCGAUCGGCGGGCGCAGGGUGCUGCGACGCCGACGCGCGAAGGGGAGACGGUCGCUCAGCGCGUGA